AUGGCGUUAGAAGUUCGCUUUCUUCACGAUGGUCGCCUCGUCAGAUUCUUCUUCCUCACUUGCGUGGCUAUGUGUUGUUUGAGUGUCCAAGGAUUUUCCAUUUCUUAUGACAAAAUUGUAAAAAAAGCGCGUUGUACCGCAAAUUGUUACACUCAGGUGAGUUCAAGUUAAACUCUAAUAAUUCUUAUCCAUUCUUUGCGUUAAAUGAGUCGAUAGUAAAAAACGAGACAAAUUUGCCACGAUAUUGGGGUCUAUUGUUCGUUUCAUGAAAAAAGCUGAAGAUCGAGUGCCACUGAUUUCAGUUAUUUGCGCAUUUUGUAGUAAUCAGAAGUUAUUCCUUGAAGAAAUUCGCCCGCCACCGGAUGUUAGUUCAGGUUCGGAUGGCAAAAUCAAAACUACGAUCAAUAUUCUCGACUAAUGACUGCUCUUAGUGUGAAAUGUUUCAAAUCUUAUUGCUAGGGGGAAAUCAGCAUCAUAUGCUCUCUAAAUUAAAAUAUCAUGCCGGGAUGCGACGAUAUUCGUUUGCUAAACAUCCUGGCAAGAGGGCCGGCAUCCAACGCGGAAAUUAAUAAAACCAAUAAAUGAUGUCAUACCUGCUAACUGAUCGAGAUCGACCAGCUGUUUUUAUGUAACACCUGUAUUAAAAAGAUCUCAUGAAAAAUGUAAGAGAUCCUAAAUUUAUCAACUCUAAAAUGCUUGGAACAAAUCAUUUUGAUCAUUGGAAUUUUAUCAUGUGCGUGUUGAGUCAUAAAGUGUUUGUGGAUCGGUGACGCAUGUCCAAGAAGACACAAAGAAAAGAGCGGUUUCCGUUUUCAGGUCAAAAAGACGCACUUUAAAUAACAUCCCACAAAAACAUUGCUUUGUUUGGCGAAUUAAAAACUCACUUGUAUUGAAUUUUUUUUCUGUUCCUACUGAUAAUUGCCUCUCUUAAGUGGUUUUCGAGGUGUCCACGCAAAAUGCUAGUCUAUUAUAAAUGCACACUAAUUGAUUACUUUGAAAUUAAACGUCUAGAUCUUUCUUCAAAUAUUCCUCGUAAUUUAGAUUGUUUUUCAAAAAAAAAUUGAAAAUAUAGUUUUGAUUGAAAAAGUAAACUUCAUCUCUAACUUUAACAGUGAAGAAAGGACUCUCGACUUUGAGAACAGUACAUAUAAAAAUAUAUAAAAUUCGCUCAAAGAGCUGGUUAUCGCUUCACAGUCAAGUAGUCUUUUCAGACACGCACUCAAGAUCAUAACUUAAUUCUAAGUGAACAAUCUUUUGCGCUUUACAUGAUAUAAGUUUCUCAUUUGCAUUCUCAUUUCUCGACUAGAGCGUGUUAAUAACAUACAAAGCACACUUCCAUAAGUUUUGGAUCCACUUUUUUACUCCUGUACCAACAUUUUGAAUACCUAGAACUGCAAUUGUAUAAUUACUGACAUAAUCGUUUAACUUUGAUCUCUCUAUUCUCUGGCGCCUUUUAAUUUCCAUUGAUUUUCGACCGUACUAAGGUAAAGAAGAAAGUGAAAUCGCCUGCGAGAAUCCUUCUUCUUCUUCUAAAAUAAGUACAGAUUUUUAGUUCGUGAUUAACCCUUAGGUUGUAGAAUAGACUCGAAAUUUUUCGCACUAUCCUAAGGCUAAGUUUGUGAUAAUAAUUAGUUUUUCAAUUUCUCGUUCCUAAACAACAAGCUUACACAAACAAAAAUACUGACCUAACGCUAAGUUCAAGUAAAAUGAUUAGCGCUGGUCCUUCUAACGUUCAUAUGGCCACUUUUGAAAGUGAAUCGUCUGAACAAAAGCUCCAGUAAAUAAUUUUUAAAAAAAUAAGGUUACAGAGAGUCGAUGGCUUUUCUUUUGCACAUGAUCAAUUUUGCAGAAAAUUUUCCUCAGUUAAAAUAAACUUUCGGUGACCCAAAGACCUUCAUGAACAAUUUGAAAGUUUUUGUUCGAACGAUCAGUAAGGUCAGUCAUAUUAAUGCCUCAUUUCACACUUUACAUAGUCACAGUCUUUUUCAUAAAAAGAAAUAAAAACAAUCCAUAGAUCUAUAGGCUAGGGCUAAAGUCAUUUGGGAAAAAUCAACAGCUCCGUUGUACUCAAAUGUAAAAUGUAAAUGCGAACUUUUGAUACAGACAAAUUUCAAUCAAUUUGUUGAUAUAUCAAGCAACCGCGUUUUCUUUAAAAAUUUGCCGCCUGCGCCAGAGAGAAUUCUGAGAGCAAGCUGUUGCAGUAAUGUAUCUGUCUUGACAGAAAGAACAAACCGAAGGUUGAUGUGAAGCUCGAUUAUCAUCCGUUUCGCAAAGCUGUAUGAAGUCUUUAUUCCAAUAGAAUCCUUAGCUUAUUUCCCGAAAUUUCCACAGCAAAAUCAAUGUAUUUAUCAUGACGUCAUUUCUUUGUACGUUGCUAAGGGGCAAAAAAUAAAAGGAAAAAACUUUCGGCUCAUAAAAAAGAUCAAAAGAAUUUAAAAUGGCGAAGAGAGGAAGAAAAUGAAAUCAAGGAAACUUAGUGGAAAAGGCCAAAAACAUGUCAGAAAAGCUUUUAAAAAAAAAUCCAUCUUCGAGUAGUUGUAAUGUGACGAAUGAAUUACGAAUGGUGCUUUCAAUCCUUUGGGUGGUAGAGUUGAGUCGGUACUGGCAGCGGUAAUUCCGUUGCAAUUUUCAAGUAAAUAUAUAUGGUUAUUUACCGAUGCACCGAAGGAACUUUCGGUUAUUUUCAGCGCGAAUGUAAAGGAUCCUCAAUAAGAUUAUACCCUGAGAAAGUUUACAGUUUCAAAUUAUUGAUCCUCAGAACAAAUACUUAUUAAUUGAUAUUUCUUUGUAUGCUCAAAUUGCAGUAUGCAGUUCAUAACGAUUCAGGGAAAAUUUGUGAAAGUACAUCUUGUACCAAGGUAAGUCCCUUUGACACAUUUUUUUCAUGUCAUGCUUGGUCACGAUGACGUCAUGAUGAAGAUAGAAUGAAAAUGAUAAAAAUGACGAUGAUUAUGACAAUAAUUCUGUUUGAUAUUCAGUAUUUUUGUCACCUUUACCUCUUUUAAGUGUUUAGGACCAUGUGGGAAUGUAAUUUUGGGCCACUCUGAAUCACAAUGUCUACAAAAUUGUGUAAGUACGAAGCCUCUAGACCUAUUAUUUGAAAGAAAGCAUAUCAAACUCUUAGGAAUAACUAACGAUGGAAUAUUUUACCAUUCAAAGACAUCAGUGUUGGUUUCGCCAUAUACACACAGUAAAAAACUGAAUUUGCUUCCCCAGUGGAGGUCAUAGCUUAUUCAUGUGUACUGUAUCUAUUGCAUCAUAAUAAAUCAACGAUAGCUAGCUUACAUGAUCCAAUACUAUUUUUGAGCACUUAUUGAAUAUAAGCAAUGCUUUUCAUAUAAGUUUUAAGUAGUAAUUUGUCAUCAGUUUGGUAGGAGACCGCUUACUUUUGUUUUACUUCCUCUUCAAAUUGCAACUUUACAAGAUAGAGCUAGCUUGCUGUCACCUUCCAAAAAUAUUUUGCGGGAAUAUUCCUCUUCAUUCAAAAACCUAAAAAGAAAAUCAGCAGUAGUUAACAGUUAAAAGGAUCGUUACCUGUAACCAAAAUUUUAUUACUAUUUUUGCAGGGAAAUUCAAGCAGCUGUGUGGCAAGUUGUGAAUUUUUGGAGCAGUUGAACAACUUUGCCUCAAUACAAGAAGGUGACGGCUCCAAGAUUCCGACACCGAGCAUACCAAGAGUGAUAAAUACGGACCUCACCUCUUUAUCGCUGCAGUGGGAUCCUGUGCAAAUUGCCAGUGGUACUCCUGUGUACUUGAUUACAGUGAACACAACGGGCGAUUAUUCUUCAACGUAUACCAAUGUGCGUAUUUACCAUCCUGAACCCUAGUAACCACAGGGUCGGUACUGUUGCGUUAAGCAGAUUCCACAGUUUCCCUCGCUCAAAUAUCAAAUUCAUUGAGAAACACGGGAACCAGACGAGAUAAAAAUUAUUCGAUUAAACUCCAGUUACUCUUAAAUUCUGAACGGUCAAGUCACGCUCCCUCUGUUUUGUAUUUGAACUAGCAAUUUUUAGAGAAGUUGUUACAAACGUUUUUUACAAGUCGUAAAAUUGCUGAACUUCUGUCUCCUUGAAGGAAGUGAGUCGCGCAUAAAAAGGAAGAGGUUGUUCCACGUCGCACUACAUUUUGGUAUUUUCCAUUCCAUGAUCGCUGCAAAAUUUUCCCUCAGAAACUACCGCCGAGAAAGCUACGAAGAGCUAUUUCCCAUUAAUCGCUAAACCUCAGUUUCCAUUUAUUCACUCAUCAAUCCAUUCAUUCGCCAUUCAUCAAUUGAUUCAUUCAUUCAUUCAUACUUUUAUUCAUUCAUUCAUUCGUUCUUCCGUGCGUUUAUUUUUCCAUUCAUCAAUUUAUUGACUCAACUACAUCGUUCAGUUAGUGUGAGUCAGUUUUUUACUUACCUUUCCAACUUUUUCAGGCUCAACAUGGUUUUAUUUUGAUUAAGCAGGAUUUAAGUCAUAUUAAACUCAGAAUGAUUACAUAAACAUAUUGGGUCUCAUUUUCUCUAAUUUUGGCAGGUGUUCACAAGCCCUCGCGCUCUUCUUCGUACCGCUGUUGAGUUGUGCAGUUCGCUCCGCAAGCGCAAUUCCCGCCAAACAUUUAAGGGGAUGUUCUUCGCAUUCAAGGUUGCAGUCGUUACAGAGAAUUCAUCAGUCAGUAACGGAGAACAGACGAGUGCCAUAUGUAAGUUGCUUUGAUACAUAUGUCAAAUCUUUCGGAUCUUCAUGAUUCUCCUCUUGUAAUAACCUUUCAUCCUCUGGAACAUAUCUUGAGGAAAAUAAAUACUGAUAGCUAAGCAGCCAUUGGGAAUCUAUGGAACUCCACAUACGUGCUGUACACAGCUAUUGUAGAAAAGUAAAGGAAACUUUGCUUAGGCAACGAUAAAAACAAGUAUCCAUUCGGGAUGAGCGGGUAUGCUUCUCCAUUUGUAGAGCACCUUUCCUCCCUGUAGUUGUAAACGAUGGGGAAUAUUAAUAGCUUAUCGCCUUUUUUUUUUUUUUUUUUUUUCAGCCCUACCACAGCCUGCUCCAGUCAGUGACUUGGCAUUAAUAAGUAUUGUCUAUGACGGUAACGGCUAUAAAAGCAACAGAUUAAAGCUGACGGCCAAUUGGACUCAGUCAAAACGUAUGUACAUGUACUGAAUGUAAUUACUUGUUUGACAGACAGGCAGAUAAAUAAGUUUUUCGAAAACGAUACAAACAUACCUCGUAUUAACCGCUGUAGAGGCUUAAUACUGGUUGAUCCCUCUUGUGAUCUACUUUCCAACCUUUUGAGGCAAAAUUCGCUCUAACUCGAAUUGGCUAUAUGGGGGGAAGGGGGGAAUGGCUAUAUGGGGGAUGAGAGGGAGGAAGAUAGGACCUAGUUGUGGACGUGGCUGACUACAGAACGUCCAAGUACUGCUUGCACUACUUUUCUGUUGCAAUCAUAUAAGUUUUAACUAGUUACUAACUUACUUUUGUUCUUCAACGAAACAAAAGAACAAGAACUAAUUUCCGACCACUUCAUGGAGUGGAAAUAUGAAUGCUUUUUAGACAAUGGCGGUAUUUGGAGAGUGAAAAGGACGGGGGUAGGUGAAGAACCAGUGUAGCUAACAAUACAUGCGCACUUUUCCAUAAAUAACUAUAAGAACCUCUCUUCUAGAGGCUGAAAAUUGACCCAGAAGUUAAGAAAAUGCUGACUAACGCCCAACCAGAGAUUAUGCACUGAGCACGAACUUUUUUUAUCAAUUUGUAUUGAGCUAAAACCAGCUGAUAAAAGCUGAAUACUGUAGUAAGCUAACUUUUCUCGAUACAGAUAUAGCACGUAUGCUUAAAGGUAAACUUACUAGAAACUGAGCGAACUCUCGGGGAUAAAUUACGUUCAAAAGACAAAGUCUCAAACUCUGUACUAUACGAAACUGAAGAAUUUUCAUCUCUUAGUCCCAAUGUGUGUUAUUUGAUUUCAUCAUCACUCAAAACUUUUUUAUUUGUUUUAGUCGACUGACCCUGUUGGAAUCAUGACACUUAAUGAAAAAUUAAAGAAAUGCAGAAAUACUUUAAAGGUAGGAAAUGUUUAUAUGCUGUUAUGUUUCGUGUACAGGUCUAUGCGCAGUUCUAUAUCACACGUAUUAAGCUAACACAGAAAACCAAGUAUUUUGCAAAUAUUUAAGAGGGUAAUAGUUCGCUCUAUAUUUUUUGACUGCAGGUCUACGCAAUGUCACACUGCAUACAGAGCAAUGCAACAAGUAUAACUUUUGAGUACCCUGGUAAGAAUUCACAAUGUUAGAUAAUCGAUCUCUCAUACUGUAGCUAAUUCACCUCACCUCACCUCACAGCUUAAGUUGUUUCUGAGGCUGGCAAGCAUUCAAACUGAGAUUAGGAGUAAUCAAGCAGCUUGAAAGUACGCUCUUUAUGCUUUCAUCAGCCAUUGCACAGUGUAUGGGUUCCGUUAGAGAACAUCCUGAGCAGUUCCAUGGCAAUUAAUAAACCAUUGCAUAUAUUUACAGGGUAAUUUAGUACUAUAAACUGAGUUGAUAACGUAAAUUGGCCACCGUAAAGCGUUUCAAAGCUGACGUUUCGAGCUUUAGCCCUUCGUCAGAGCGAAUGAGCAUAUAUUAACAGUCUGUCAGACACCUUCAGGUGCCUUAAUUAUGUAGAACAUAAGAUUCAUAUUCCAAUCACCAAGCCCAAGUGACUUUAAAUGCACCAAGCAAUAGGAGAACAGCCAGAAUUUCCAAAACAUGGGAUAGUUGGGGGAGCACAUCAGCUACUGCCAUGGAACUCCCGAAUUUUUGCCGUCCCUUGGGUCACAAGUAGAUUGAGUAAGUUGUUGAUUUUCACCUCAACAUUUCAUACACGUCGCAAAUUUGCCACUUUCGACUCUCAUUUAUCCAAUUCCUUCAUCAAAUGCGCUAAAAUGAUGGAAGAACGCAUCUGCAAAAUAACAGACAUAACACUAUUGAUUUUCAUGUCUUUACUUGACAGGAUGUGCGAAUAUCACCGGUUAUCCCGUGGACCUAUGCUAUAAAUGUAAGAAAUACUUUUUGCUGGUUAGGUUUUGAACCAUCACUGAAUGCUUAUCAAGAAGGCAUCUCUGAUGCCUUUGCUAUUUGGUCGAACGCCACUGCUUACAUGACUUGUCGUGCAAUCGUUUUCAUUCAUUUUUCACGUCGCGUUACAACGUGAAUUUUACUGCCGUGAUGCCUUUACUUUACAGUCGAUCCUCCAGGAUCACCAGACAAGGAUAGGCAGGUCCGAAACCUCAGCAUUAGUGCGAUUGCUAUUGGAGAGGGCUAUAGAUUCACUGUGAAUUUGACAUGGAUUCCUCCUCUGUAUCCCUACAAGACAAUAGAGAUCUAUUACAUCCUUGGCUAUGGUGCCACCACUGUAAGUACAUUAAGGAUAGUAAUUGUUAGAGCUGUGUCAAUCAAAGGGGCAGAAGAACCCCGCUAGCUCUUGAACUGUCACAGGAAACGGAAGAAAGUUCGAUAUUCCGUGAGCUUGAACUUACUCAUCACCAAUCAUCUUCAAAGGGAGGGGGAGGGGGGGGGGAGGGGUAACCGUAGCGACAGGAUACUCGGAGAAAAAAAAUUGGCUUUUUACCCGCUUCUCUUCUACAAAGCUAAAAGUUUAUAGUUAAAACCCCAAAAUUAAUAUAUGAUUUCUCCACCUUUUUUUAAGAAAACGUCAUACUCAAUCAAGUCAUUAGCACCCGCUGAAACUUUUGAAGUAACGGUGAGGAUUUAUCUCUUGGCGAAUGUUUCUGAUAUGUUAAAUGCAAGUUAAGAGAGAGAAUUUCUUUUGUAGCCUAGCCUGUUCCCGCAGCAUAACAUGAACAAGAGAAGAGAGAUAGUAUUUUCAAAUUUGCAAAGUUUUCAGUUUAUUGCGAGGGGAGAAACACAGCAGAUGACUGACUGACGAAGCUUCUGAAUUAAAUCUAGUACGGAGAGGAUUAGUUGCUGCAUUUUUUUCAUGGGAAUGCCUUUUUUCGAAUAAAAAACAAUCUGCAAAAUCCGUAAAGCAAUGUAAUAUUGUCUUGACAAUGAUAACAAAAAGUUGUGUGGUUGCUUCCCUUCAGGUUUUGCCUUUUUUCCAGAAUUCUGCACCUGUAGGUGUUGAUAACACUAUUUCAAUAUCUACUCCUGGUAAGAAAAUUAGAACAUUAAAUUGUCACCUGGCAACCGAAACUAAGUAAAUAGUUUGAAUUUAGAUGUUGAUUAGAAAGUGGAAGUACAUGAAAAGGAUCUCAAUAGGGGAAACCGUUAGCUUUAGAACGGCCAUAUAAAAUUAGACGUUAAGCUUGAAAAUUAAAAAAUUUUAACCGUUAGCACUAAAAAAAUAAAUAAAUAACCGUAGAAUUUCUUCCUAUUAACAUAAAGUCAUUUUCGGUCAUUUCCGGUCAUUUUUGGUCAUUUUGGUUUGACUGUUAUCGUAAAAUAACCAGCAUUUUAACUGUUAGUCAUAAGAGCCAUCACCCCAUUGAGACCCUACAAUAAUCAGUGGGUAGUUCAUGUUGGUGAGAAGAAAAUCAAAUCUUGUGAAACUUCACUAACUCUAAAUAUUGUUGUUUUUCUUUUUACAGCUGUUAAUCCUGAUGAGUUGGUGGUGCGAAACUUAGAGCUCAACGAUUUCAUCUUUUCACCACAAACGGGGACCUUUGACUUAAAUGCGACUUGGCACCAGCCCUCUUUAAACUACAGCCGUGUGCUAUGGUACUCCAUCAGCUACCAAGUGAAUGAAGGAAGUAAACGCUCUCUCAACACCGUAAGUAUUGCAAAAGAUUCGUCAUUACAGAAAGUCUCUGACGUCACAGCAGCCACAUUUUUCGGUACGAAACUAAUCAAAUAGUGGCCAUGUUGAAAUGCAAUUUUUUUUUCAAUCCACUAAAUUUGUACAGUUAGAGUUUUUUGCUGGAAAGACCACAUACAAGAAUGAAAAUUAAUCACAAUUGCCCAAACGAUGGCUAUUAAUAAGUGCACAUAGAUAGUGGACAAUGUAGAUAGAUCUCGGGUUGUUUUGAUUUAUGAUCAUUUACGGUUAAAUGAAUGUACGUCUCAACGACUGCCUAUUUGCAAAUUGACUCCCUCCACUAUAUCCUUUCCAUUUCCUUACUACGAUCGAUGAAUCGGCUUGACAAGACAAAUCUAAGCCAUAAUAGUAAAUUAAUUUCCUAUCUUGGAAAGCACGUUUUCUAAUACCCGGAACACCAGUAGUCUUCACCAAACGUUUGAUAUCCACCUUUCACCUAUACGUGAAAGCUACCAACACUCAGUUAAUAGAUGUCUUCUCCACUUGCUCAUUUAAUUAUUGCUAUUCAUCUUUACAGAACAAAACAUAUUCUAUCAUUCAUGGAAUCUUACAUGGAGAGCCUGUUUCAUUCGAUGUAAGUGCGUUUUACCGUUUCACUUCGACGCUAUACUUUUACAGUGGGCAAGCCACGUCAAUUGUAUUAAUGGCACUUCCUGUGGUCGAGUUUAUCAAAAAGCAGUUUUGUGUGAGUGAUCCUUGUAUCAAUGGUCGCUAUGUGACAUCUCGACUAGUGACCUCUGCCUCAGUUUCUCUCUCUCUGUCUCCGUCUUUUAAAUCUGCCGUUUGUGUGACGAGCCGAAACGACGGUUACAAAUCAAGCUACUUGCUCCACUCCAUCGCUCUGACUAAGGGCUAACAUUCGAAACUUCAGAUUUGAAACUCUUUACAGUGGCCAAUAAUAAUACUAAAUUACCCUGUUAUACUCUCCCACCGACGCAGCAUCACCGUUUUAUUCGAAACUUACCCCCUUUACUUACUGCACUGUCGUAUCUUUUUCUACAGAUCACACCCGUCUUUAACCAUUCCGAUAUUAUUGGAAGGGAAAAGGAAAUGGUCAACAGUGCUCCUCGUAAGCGACUCAACUCACUUUUCUGACCUGAGAGCAUUGGCUUUGAAAGUUAAUGUUGACCAAUCAUUGUAUUUUGCGCUUUAGAUGACGCUUGUAAAAUAACAUUUCUUAAGGGAUUUGAGGCAAAGUAUAAGAUUCCAAGAUUUAUGUAAGAGACACAAAUGUAGAAAUAUGAUCAUUGUUAAAUUACAACCCUAUUUUCUACUUUCUACUUCUGAUCUAACGCUGUCUAAAACUUGGACGAUCUUAAUCCACUUAGUCAGCGGAAGGUUGUCGCUUCUUUCAUUAUCCUUUUCAUUUUUUAUUUAUGUAUUUAUUUGGAUAGGUUUAUUUUGUUUCAUUUUCAGCUAAUCAUGGAUUAAUUUUUGUUCAUAAAUCUUUUUAAAAGGCCCCAAUUCGUCCCAUAUUGUGGUGCAGAACUUGGACUUUGAAAGUUUCGUCUUUAUACCUUUGACUGGACAAUUCCGUUUAAAUGUCUCCUGGAAAAACCCUUUCUUCAAUUACAGCCAAAUUUUAUCUUACUCUGUCUCAUUUAAAAUAGACGGCGGGGACGAAAAUGUAACGCAAACGGUAGGUAACUUUCUAUGUAAAUCACUGGCAGAAAUGAUUAGUUUUGUUCUUCUGCCAAACUUGUACAGAAAGUAUUUUAAACUUAAAGAAGCUACUUCAACUUAAGUUGUUUUCUAGUAGUAGCUCCUUAGAAAUAAAAAAAUAUUAGAGUAAUGUAAGUUAUUGAUCUGUGAGAUUCGGUCGAUAACCUGUUACUACGUUGCUACACACAUAUUAUUGCUGUAUAUAUAUUGCUCAACUUAUUCCCUGUACUCUCAAACUUACACUUGUACAUUUCACGUUUUCUUUAGAACAGGACCUAUUUAAUCAUAUAUGGCAUCACACACGGAGAGCAAGUAACAGUUAGUGUAAGUAUUGCAUUUUAAGAGGUAAACAGAAGUGUCACCUUUCAUCACCGUUUCAUUAAUCGCCAUGAUCUGACUUACAAUUGGAUUUCACUUUUCCUUGAUAAUGCAUUGCUACCAGCUGUUUGACGCAAUUUCUUUCAUGCAUCGAAGCAAAAAUUUACACACUCACUCACAAAAUAUACUAUUCCACAGGUCAUACUUACUUUUCGAAAAUAAGGUUUCCGUUUUUUUGUUUAUUUUUUUUUUUUACAGGUUACCCCACACUUUGCCAACAGUAGGAUUCAAGGAAUAAGUUCAUCUGACACCUUUAACGCACCUGGUUAGUAAAUCAACCCGAUGAUCAUUUUAUGGGAACCCGGCUAAAAAAGAAUUCACCUGUAGCUAUUUCCACCUCGCUUUGCAUCCCCUUCCACUUUCAAACCAUUGCGACAAGCUUCCUAAUAGUUCGCUGCUUUCCCUACAUACUUCUGUAAGGAGGCAGGCAGGCUAUGAGAGUAAAAUUUCUCUCUCGGGAACUCACCUACAAUGAACCCCUAGUCAGGGUUGUGGGUACGGGCUCCAACAUUUCCAGCCGACUGUUCAGCGCGCGAGACAUGAGACCACUGUUUCUUUAACCAAAUUAUGAUGAUAAUGGUGAUCAUGAUACAUGCCUUGUUUGUAUCCCUUCAGUGCCUCCUGAUGGCGAACUCAUGGUACAGAAUCUCAGCAUUGCAGGAAAGUUUGUCGAACAUGAACAGAGUAACACAUUUGCCGUGAACUUCUCGUGGGAACCACCAUCUUUCAAGUACAAGCAAGUCGCUUAUUACAACGUGUCAUGCCAUUUCUCAGGUUAUCCACGUGACGAGUUUCAAAGUUAUACCAAAACCAACUUGGUAAGUAUUAAAAGCCUAACAAAAUUUAAAACUAUGGGGUGUUUGAAAACACAGUUAUCAAAGAUGCAUUUUGGACCUAUUGUCCAUCAAUUUUGAGCGGGUUUUAUCAUGUGAAAAGUACGUUCCACCCCGAAACAGUCUCUCUGGCAAUUUGAAAGGCAAUAGGUUACUCUUUGAUCCACUUACUGUUUUCAUUAUGUCAUCAUCAUGUGUUUAUGUAGUACAAAUCUAUUCAUGAAUUUAUUCAUUUAUGUCUUACAGCAAAGAACAUUAUUCAGAAUAGCAGGAAUACUACCACAGCAACGUGUCAACAUCGAGGUAACUAAUUUUGCCCAGUGAUUGAAUCCAAAAGAAAAAACAGUUAAAAGACGGAGGACGCUGAAUGAAUAAAGAUCUGAAAAGCAGUCUAGUGAGAUUUAUUAUCACCUAGAUAUAAAAUAAAAAUUAAUUCAAGCAUAGUUUUACUCCUCAUCUGUCAUUUUUUCGUUGGAUCAUUAAACUGUAGGAUUGUCUGACUUCGCCAUUUUUUUCCUUUUGUAGGUAACGCCUUUUUACAGCAACAAGUACAUUAGAGGAAAACGUAAGGAAGCAGAAGGUACCGCACCAGGUGAGUCGCUACAUAAGGUUUUAAUGAGUGUAGGCAGGCUUAGAAUUAUAAAUCUCAAUUGAACUUAGUUUACAAAAAAGCAACAACGCCAAUGACUUUAGAAAACAAAGCUAUAAAUCAAAAAUGUAUUUUUGUCAUUAGUCACAGAAACGAGGGGGCAGAUAUUAAUUACAAAUGAGUAAUUCCAACCCCUCAUGAAAAAAGUAAAAUGAGGCAAUAACUUAUCGACAGCGUUACACAAAAAAUCACCACAAACGUGUCCAUAAUUAAAAAACCAUUGCAAAUAUGUCUCCUAUACAUGAAGCCAUGCUUCGUUUGAAUACAUCCAGGACCUAGAGCGGAACUGGUGAAAGUUGUUGGACUGCGACAUAGUGGACUGGUGUCUAGCGCAAACGAAUCAUUUCGCACGACAGUGUCAUGGCAGAAACCGCUGUUCAACCACAGCACAGUUCAACAUUACAGAUACAAGAUAAGCAACAUCUCGUCGAAAACUGUUGGAAAGAAAACGAGAAGGGCUAUUGACUUCGACACAUACCUUACCACGGUCAGUGAAGUUCUUGAAACUGUUCAUUCAUCAUUAUUCAUCUCUCUAUUCAUUAUAUGAUGGUUUAUGGAUUUACAGAUUCAUUCAUCGACUUGCGUAGGCAUGGAUAUAUUUUUCAAAAUGUGCUUGCGAUCUGUUGUUUAGCCUUAAACUAAUACAUAAUCGUAAAAUGUAUUUAAAAAUACCAGUACUAAAUUGCAAUUUAAUUUGUCAUUACAGAGAUCUAAUAACGUCACAAUCGACGGAAUCCAGAUGGAUGAAGAAUUUGAGUUUAGGGUAAUUUUCGAACCUUUAUUUUUGGGGAUUAAUCUCGAAAGACUGGGUAAAAUAAAUAAAACUAAAAUCUAGAUAUAAGAAUAGUUCAUAAGAAGUGUUUUAAGUUUGCAAUCGAUCAUAUUUGAUUUUUUAACAUCAACAGAAAUGAUGCCUAAGUUUGAUUUCUAGACCGGUAUCACUCAUUUCAAUUUCGACCAAGAAAACAGUUGAUCAAGAGCUCUGCUUGAGUCCAAUCCAUUCAUCUUCUUUAUUUAUUCAUUUAAAUAAUAACUCCUACACUGUUCGUCGUUUUCCUCGUUUGUUGUUAACAGGUUAUUCCAGUUUUUGAAGUGAACAAUAUCAUGGGGCAAGAAGACAGGAUAUCGAUCGUCAGAACUUCUUUAUCUGGUAAGAGAACAAUACCAAAGUUCCUUUCGAGCCGAACCUCUUACGUCGUUCGAUCACGGAAUCGUGGCGGUAAACAUGUGAUAAAAAUAGAUGUUUCUUGAUGAUUUACACAGUAUGGCUACACCCCUCAAAUGCAGAUCAUGUAUUACGAUUGCAAGAAUUAAUAGGCUGGCUUGUUACUGUGUACUGUUUGAACAACGAAAUGUAAGGACAGUUGGUGAUUAAACGACGUCUAUGGUCAGUUCCUUGAACUUAACAGAUCCGUUCGCAUUAUUCUCUGACGAGAUUAUCGUGUUAUAAUUAGCUAUGGGCAAGUCGUUUUCCUGUAUUACACUAAUAUCACUUAUUCAUUCCUUGGCAGACCCUCAGGUCUCGCACCCAAUGUCUUCAGGUGAAAUAAUUGCACUAGUCAUCGGUUCGUUGCUGUUAACUUUGGUUGCACUUUGUUUAAUCACCUGGUAUCACAGAGAGAGACAGAGGCGUCUUAAGGCUGACGGACUCAUUCCAGGGUAAAAGGCAUUCUACUGCGUAAAAUAGAGUCCAUUCAAUCAAAGUAAAUUACCUUCUUCUUUAAUAAAGAGAAAAAAUCUUUCGUCUAUCAGAAGGAAACACUCAAGUACUAGUUUUAAAUAGUAGACGAAACAUUUUACAUUUUGGAUCAUCUCUUAUACGCACUGACAAAGCUGCUCUGAUUAAAUGGAAUUUUUUAAGUAAGACACCCUUGUGAAAGUUUGCAGAGAGAUCCCUUAAACAAAAGUGGGAAAUAUUGCAAAAAAAUUUGUUUUGAAAACACUUUUGAACACCUUUCACCUUUUUAUCGAUGUCAUUGGUACCACCCUCUAAUGUCACUAAGAUGGGUCACGUGGCCCAAGUAAACUCUCAGUUUUCUCAUUUGUCUUCGUGUUAUUCAUCGUGAUAUUUCUGCUUUUCAUCCCACAGUAAAAACGGUUCGAUAAUAGACCAGUGGGAGGUUGAUCCGGACCGUGUGACCCUGGAGGAGGAGAUUGAUGAGGGAGCCUUUGGAAAAGUGUUCAAAGGAACUCUUAAAGGACCAUCUACACUAUCAUUUAAUUCCACUUUGAAAGCCUCGCAGACCAUAAAAGGAAAUAAUGUGUGCACAGUCGCAGUGAAAAUGCUCCACGGUAAGUAUUAUUUCUCCGUUGUACAAUAAAUAGACUGUACUCAAGAAAAGCAGGUGAUGAUGUAGUCUGAAGGUUCUGAUGAGACUGAUAUGAUGCCAGGGUUACUGCAUUGCAAUGAAAAGGAAAGAAGAUGUAAUGAUGAGACGCACCUCUUGAAUAAAUAUUUUUUCACAAGUAUGAUCUGCAAGCUAUGCAUAUUUUUCUUUCAGACAUGGGAGACAGCGACCAAAGAAGAGAUUUUCUGGAGGAAAUUAAACUCAUGAAGGAUGUGGGAUCACACAGGAAUAUCGUGAACAUACUGGGAUGCUGCACUAUACAGGAACCUAUGUUUUUACUUCUUGAAUAUGUCCCGUACGGAAGCCUCCUUAAAUAUCUCAGAAAACACCGUGGAAAGGUAACUGAUUGCAAGUUACAUAGAUGAAUGUAUGUAAUAACCGCUUUCGUUUACAACGCUGUUAAGUCACCUUGCCAUGUAGAAUUGUAUUUUAUCCCUGUUAUUUUUUACUACGAUGGUGAUUAGUAAACAUUUGAUUAUUAUUAUUAUUAUUAUUAUUAUUAUUGUUAUCAUUAUUAUUAUCAUUAAUAUUAUAAUUAACUCCCCUAGUCUAUUGAGGAUCUGUAGCUUUAUAGCACAAGGCAACAGAGGGUAAUGGUCACGACUUUAACGUCGCCUGCUUGAAAUUUCCUUUCAUUUUUUACCUAAAGAGGUCUAUAAAACCCUUUCAACCUUUUCAUGUCUCCCCUCAGAUGAAAGAGAAUCUUGCAGAGACCCCCCGCGGACCGUAUCACUCGACCUACUGUGAGACAUACUGCACAAAGGAAGGGAUAUCCAUUAAGGUAUAAAUAAGGCUUCGCCAAUCUUACUCUAUGUUACGUAACAACGAAUGCCUUUCAUUUAACAAAUGUACUCCUGUUUUUCUCGUUACCAUAUUACCACCAAUGGCGUAGCUCCAAUUUCUGCGGAUAAACACGCACACAGAACCUACAAUUUCUCCAUUCGCUCUGACGCACGGCAAACGCUCGAAACGUUAGCUUUGAAACUCUUUACGGUGGCCAAUUUACGUGAUGAACUCAGUUAAUAAUACCAAAUUAGCUUGUUAUACUCUUCCACCGCCGCAGCAACACAGUUUCUUUGGAAACUUACCAAUUUAUACUGUAACAUUGGUUGACUGCAUGUUUAUUGAUGUUUUCUGCUUACUUGAGAGAACGUCUCUCUUUAUCAGGCAACUAAGAGUGACCGCAUCUACGUCAACGCUCCAGGACAGCAACAAGAAGAAACUGGAAACAUCCAACUCGUGAGUUUCAGUUACCUAAAUCCAGGAAGCAACAAUGGAGAAGAAAACGAAAGAAAGAAUAAAGACGAAAGUGACAAAGAGCUAAAUAAAGAAGAAGAAGAAGAAGAAGAAGAAGAAGAAAGCAUAACUCCAGGAGAUUUGAUGGCGUUUGCUUGGCAAAUAAGCCGAGGAAUGGUAUGUAUAUGUAUGAUUUCAAAAGAAGCAAGCUUGCACUAGUUAGCUUGAUGUCACAGACCAAGAAACUUGACUCCCGAUUAAUCAUGGAUAAUCUCUCUGUUCUGUAUUAGAAUUCGAGCCUCUUAGCUUGAUUUUCUCUUGUACUGAUCUAAAAUCGCAAGAGAUUUAUCCUUUUGCUUAUAAAUGCUCUUUUUCUCAGGAAUACCUUGCUAAGAAGGGAUUUAUCCACCGCGACUUGGCAGCCCGUAACGUUCUUGUCGGAGAGAAUAAAAGUGCCAAGGUGGCCGAUUUUGGUAUGACAAGACAAGCAUAUGAAGAGAGAGUCUAUCAGGGGAAAACAAAUCGAAAAUUGCCUUUGAAAUGGAUGUCAAUCGAAGCUAUUUUUCUUCAAACAUUUACAACUCAAAGCGAUGUGUAAGUGCAUUCUAUUUUCAUGGCACAUCUGCCGCGUGCAAUACUUGGGUUUUAUAACUUAUAGUACACUUUUUGAUUUCAGAUGGUCUUUUGGAGUUUUACUUUGGGAAUUGGUAACACUUGGUAAGUUAAAAUCACGACUUGUUUCCCAAUAUGAAAAAGUUACUUCCUAUGAAGCCAAAGUAACAGGACUCUUGAAAUGUUAUGAUAUUCUUGGUGUCCAUUGUUUCUCACACGUCAUGAUACUGUACCCCUGUCUUUAGACCCUGCCCAUCAAGUUUUGUAAGAUUGAAAUGGUACCUUUCAGGUCAGCGAAAAGCCUGUUGGUGGCAGGUUAGAAAAAACAGAGUAAUUAUGAACUCCUCUCGCAAAACUAACGAAAUUUUGUAAAUGAAAACAGGUGGAACACCAUACCCGACUAUUGACAACAAAGAACUUCUCCGCAUGUUGAAGGAUGGAUACAGAAUGGAACAACCCGAAACCUGUGACAAUGAAUUGUAAGCCGAAUCAUCAAGUAUUUAGAAAAUUUUUUAUGACAUAGCUUAUCAUGUAUUGAAACAAAGCAUUAGCAUUAAGGCAAUAGCAUGUAUGAAACUGACUACCCGACUCUUGGGGUAACAGGUUUUUCUGCAAUCACAAACUUGACACGUUAUCCUUAAUUGAGAUUAUUUAUCUAUUGGUUCAUUAUUUACAGUUAUGAGAUGAUGAUGGAUUGCUGGAAGGAAAACCCCGACCAACGUCCUGGCUUCACUCAAUUGCGAGAGAAACUUGAGUUUAUGAUGCAAAAGGACAACCCUUAUUUGGAUUUAAGUGCCGUGGAUGAAACAAGAGAAUACUACAACGUUCCUUCAUUUAACAGCAUCAUGGAUGAGUCUCCAGAUGAGGAUUAUGGUUCUGAUAGCAUCGUCCAAGAGAGGCGUAAGUCCUCCACGGAUUCUGUGGAGCUGAAUGAUCAGCAAAAUAUGGAACAAUCAAACGGAGACGUCAGGGAGACCUCGGAGCAAAAAGGAAAUGAAAAAAACAUAACACAAGAUGAAGAUCAAGACCAUUUUUCCAAGAACAAGAGUCCUAAUGGCGUUAAAGCUGAUACUGACGUCAAUUUUGAUGAGCUCCAAAUGAUUUUAUGCAGGCCAUCAAAAAGGGGAGUUGCCUUCUAGCGCUGUAAAUAUUACCAGCUGCUAUCGAAAAAUCUAGAAAACUUUACCGAUGCCAUCCUUGAAAGACUAGGGCUAAUAUUGUCAGGAAUGAGGAAGGUGAGAAGACGAUUUUGAUCCGAUCUCUCGGCUUUCGGCGAAUUCGUCGACACGAAAGUUCGCUUGAAGAAUAUUGUGCGCAAUUGUCGAGACAAAAGUAGCAUUUUAGCCGAUAUUUCAUUUUUCUUCCGCUUGUCCUCCAUUCUCCAGAGAUAACGAAAUGUAAAUUUAACGGCCCAGAAACGAGAGACAGCUUGAUAAAAUGAACGGCAUUAAUCAUUUAUCUUUUAGAGAAGAUUCUAAAAUUUUAUGAUUCUUUUUAGUAAAGGCUACAUUUAGCAGGAGUUCUUUUUACAGCAAUAGCACCAGGCAAACAGCAUUGAAUCAGUUGCAUAACGUAAACUGUUGAGUUUUUGAGUGGUCUCGAUGACACAAAUUUGCAAAGGAUAGUGAACGAGUAUUUCUUUACUUUUAGUGAGUCAGAAAUUAGUUUUGAUAGAAAUUAAGAAGAUUUUAUUCAAUGAAACUUGUUGAAAUUGAUAAUAGCAAUCACUUUAUUCGCAAAGAGGUCC